AAUUGCCACUUUCAUGCCGGAGUGGAACACUGCGUCGGAGGAGCCAAGUCUUCUCGCAGCUGUGCAGGUACCAAGCGGGACUACAACAUUCCCCUCCGCAUUGGUGCGCUUUUCAUUGUCCUCCUGACAUCGGCACUUGCAAUCUUUUCACCGGUGCUACUGACACGCUUCACCCGACUGAGCACAAGUGGGGUCAUUUUCAUCAUUGUCAAGAACUUUGGUGCAGGUGUGGUCAUCUCAACGGCACUUAUUCAUCUCAUGACGCAUGCCACCUUGCUCUUUGCAUCCGAGUGUCUAGGCCAUUUGCAGUAUGAAGGCGUGGUGGCUGCGUUUGUCAUGGCAGGCAUCUUUUUAUCAUUCUUGAUCGAGUACGCCGGUUGGAGACUUGUCGCUCAUCGUCAACAAAAGCACAGUGUAUCGGAAAGCAGCAGCACCAAGUCAGCCCCGAGUAGCGGCAAGGCAGCGGAUGAAGAGAUAGCCGUCGCCGUCAUGGAGAAGGAUGACGGAUCUUCGAUUUUUGUGGCAAAUCGACGCAAGCUCGAUGCCAUUUCUGUCCUUGUCAUGGAGUGUGGUAUUCUUUUCCACUCCAUUUUCAUUGGCAUCACCUGUGUGGUCACACCUGAUAGUGGCUUUGGACAAAUCUUUGCUGUCAUCAUCUUUCACCAGAUGUUCGAAGGCUUGGCGCUGGCUGCACGUAUCGCAGAUGCUGAUAUUUCCUUCAAGGUCAAGAUGAUCUGUUGCUCGGGCUUCAUGUUCAUCACACCACUAGGUAUGGGUAUUGGUAUCGGUGUGCUCAAUCAAUUCAAUGGCAAUGAUCCUACUACGAUUUGGACAAUUGGCAUCUUUGAUUCCGUCUCGGCGGGUAUUCUGCUCUGGGUAGGCCUUGUGGAGCUACUUGCAAGCUCGUGGCUGUGGGGUGAUAUGCGACGUGCGAGUGGCCUGCGAGUUUUUGCCGGUCUUGGCGCUCUUGUUGCAGGUCUUGUUAUCAUGUCUGUGCUUGGGAAAUGGGCUUAG